UCACUUCGCAUCCAUUUAGGUGGAUACCACGUCGUGACUGAAACAUCUCAGCGCCAUGCCGAGAUCCUCCUACAUUCGUCCUAUGACGAUUCUGAAGUCGGUCUUCAUUGCAUUGUGUGCAUUUGGCGUGUUUUUCACCUCAACAGAAGCCUGUGAUGGUUACAAAAUAAAAGUAAACAAAAUUGAACCCUGCGAUCCUAGCAAUCAAAUUAAGCUCACCAACCCAAAAGUUGAACUGACGAAAGAUUGCGAACUCUUUGUACAAGGAUGUGCGGAGUUAACGUCCGGGUUUACAAGCUGCAAGGUUGUGUAUGAUGUCAAGAAGAGGGGGAUGAUAGUUCCAUUUAAGGGGGAAAAGGAUGUUUGUGACGAAGUGCCUAAAGUUGCUAAGGAGAAAAAAGCAUCAGAAACAUUUGCCAAGUACAAAGUUCCUCCGCAUUGUCCAUUCAAUGCAAUGAAACUUUGUUCUGCAAAAGGAGAAACUUUCGAUAUACAGAGCUAUAAAGACAAGUUUCGCCUUGCCGCAGGCCAGUACUCAGGCACUGUAACAGUCCAGAGUAACAGUGGAAAGAGUUGCUUUAAGUUCGACGUGGAAUUCAAACGUGGCAAAUAGACAAACUUCUCAACAAUCAUCAUUAAGUUCUGUGACUUCACUUAAAUAUUGUAACGGCAUAAUUGUGGCUACUGAUGAUGUUACGAAAUUUACAGCUUUUCCAUUAAAUUUGCAGCUAGUAUAAUAUAUAUUUCGUACUUUUUUUAAUAUUACCUUUACCAAUUCAUUAUAUUUUAAAUCUUUUCAAAUUGCGCUGCUUACGCAAAAAUUUUUAGUAACACUAAGAAGAAAUAGACACGCUUGAAUAUAUUGUGAAAUUUUGUUACUGAUAUAAUAUAAACAAAUUGUACUAAUUUAAAUCAAAAUAAAGUAACGUUACAUACCUUUAAUCAGCACUGCACAACAGAAAAGACUCUGCUAAUAUUUAUGGAAUUCUACUUCAAAAUAUGCUGACUUCGUAAAUAUUUCCUUGCAUGUUUUAUACGUACCCAACUCAAAUUAGAGAAUAAUAAAAUGGCAUAAUUAUA